CGCAAUGGAUCGUUACGCCGCCGCUUAUGCCUCUCGCAACGGCCCUGGAGACGCUCGUCCAACCGCCCUCCAGAUAGUCCAAGACGAGUUUCAGUACCGUACCAAUGAUGCAAGUCCCUUGUCAGGACUCACCAUUGUCGUAACUGGUGCAACGUCUGGCAUUGGCUAUGAGACUGCUCGGGCUCUCUACGCCACAGGGGCAAAGCUCUUCAUCACGGCGCGAGAUGCCGCCAAGGCGAAGCGAGCUAUUGACAAGAUUGUGUCGAGUGUCCUUCCAUUCGAAGGAAGACAGUACCAAGAUAUUGAGGUCGUGCAUAUGGACAUGGAUUCCCUUGCGUCUGUAAGACAGGCAGCAAUGGAGCUUCUCGAGAGGGCGGAGACUAUCAACGUCUUGAUCAACAACGCCGGCAUCGCGGCCGUUCCUUUCGAACAUACAAAAGACGGCUUGGAGCGCACCUGGGGCAUCAACUACGUGGCCACAUUCCUCCUCACGCACCUCCUCCUCCCGCGUCUCGAAGCAAGCAGCUCCCCGACCUGCCGCUCCCGCAUCACGCCAAAUGAUCCCAUGUCUGCCUACGCAACGUCGAAGCUGGCCGUCAUAUACCAUGCCAACUAUAUCGACCGGCACUAUUCCACUCGUGGGAUUAGAGCUGUGUCGGUCCAUCCGGGGCUCAUUCACACCCCGAUGCUAGACAGGUAUGAUGAACUGGGUAGUAGCAAGCCGGUGAACUCGCCGCCUGGAUACAUGGAGGAGCUCAAGACCGCUGAGCAAGGCGCUGCCACGACUGUCUUUGCGGCGAUUGCGUCGUGUUCGGAGAAUCAGGGGGGUGUUUAUCUGGAGAAUUGCGCGUAUGCCAAGGAGGCUCCUCAAGAUUUGGGUCCGAUGGAUGGCGGAUAUGCGCCGUUUGCAUUUGACGAGGAGGCGGAGGAGAGACUUUGGAAGGAUACGUGCAGGUCGCUGGGGGUUCCCGAGUCAUUGUGA